CCGGGCCAGGAAGCGGCGCGAUGCGAGAGAUCGCGGCGGCAGUGGUGGCGGCGCGGCGCUGAGUCCGGGCGGAAGGAGUCGCCGCGGCCGCACAACGGAUCUGCAGGCGGGGAGCAAAAUGCACCCGCGGCGGCGCGCGGUCCUGCAGCCCCGCCACGGCCCCGCGGCCCGCACCCCCCCGGGACGACAGUGAGCGGCUCCGGCAACCGCCGGGGGCCGAGCGGGGUGGGAGAGCGGGACCAGGUCUCGGCUGCUGUUCAUUUCCAGGAAGCCACCGCAGCCGGAGCAAGAGGGGACCUUCUGCCACCGGCGGGGCAUCAGCCAGCGGCGCGCAUGGAUUUAUGAAGACACUCAUGCAAGAAGUGGGCAGGACUUGGACAAACUUUUCCACCGGCUCCGCGUCCGCAGCUCCCCGCGCCUCGUCUCCUUUCCCUUCCUCUCCCGGCGGCCGCCGCUGCCCGCGAUGGUGGCCGCGCUGCUGGGCGGCGGCGGCGAGGCCCGCGGGGGGACCGUGCCGGGUGCCUGGCUGUGCUUGAUGGCGCUGCUGCAGCUGCUGGGCUCCGCGCCGCGGGGCUCGGGGCUGGCCCACGGCCGCCGCCUCAUCUGCUGGCAGGCGCUGCUGCAGUGCCAGGGGGAGCCGGAGUGCAGCUACGCGUACAACCAGUACGCCGAGGCGUGCGCGCCGGUGCUGGCGCAGCACGACGGGGGCGACGCGCCCGGGGCCGCCGCUGCUGCCUUCCCGGCCUCGGCAGCCUCCUCCUCGCGCUGGCGCUGCCCGAGCCACUGCAUCUCGGCCCUCAUUCAGCUCAACCACACGCGCCGCGGGCCCGCCCUGGAGGACUGUGACUGCGCGCAGGACGAGAACUGCAAGUCCACCAAGCGCGCCAUUGAGCCUUGCCUGCCCCGGACGAACGGCGGCGGCGCGGGCGGCCCCGGCGCGGGCGGGGUCAUGGGCUGCACCGAGGCCCGGCGGCUCUGCGACCGCGACAGCCGCUGCAACCUGGCGCUCAGCCGCUACCUGACCUACUGCGGCAAGGUCUUCAACGGGCUGCGCUGCACGGACGAGUGCCGUACCGUCAUUGAGGACAUGCUGGCUAUGCCCAAGGCCGCGCUGCUCAACGACUGCGUGUGCGACGGCCUCGAGCGGCCCAUCUGCGAGUCGGUCAAGGAGAACAUGGCCCGCCUGUGCUUCGGCGCCGAGCUGGGCAACGGCCCCGGCAGCAGCGGCUCGGACGGGGGCCUGGACGACUACUACGAUGAGGACUACGAUGACGAGCAGCGCGCCCCGGGCGGCGAGCAGCCGCUGGACGACGACGACGGCGUCCCGCACCCACCGCGCCCGGGCAGCGGCGCUGCUGCAGCGGGCGGCCGCGGGGAUCUGCCCUACGGGCCCGGGCGCAGGAGCAGCGGCGGCGGCGGCCGCUCCGCGACCCUAGGCGCCUGGACCCCGCUCGCCUCCAUUUUGCUGCUGCUGUUGGGGCCGCUCUUUUAGCCCUGGCGCCCCUCGCCGCGCGCUUGCCUGGCCCCCGCGACGGGGCACCUGUGGCUUGGGGACAGAUAGAGGGGUUGGUUGGGGAUACUUCCCAAAACUUUUUCCGAGUCAACUCGGUGUAGCGGGUCCCCCCGCCAGGACUCUGGGCACUUCCCCUGAAGCUCCUCUCAGGAGGUUGACUUCUUGGACCUCCUCCUCCGCCCCAAUUCCAGGCUCCAGAAACUCCCAACUCGUCUGCCUCCAGCAACCUAGCUGCAGUGUUCAGGACGUCCGGGAGGACACGGGCACGCGGGGGACAGAACGGUAGUCCCGGACUGUAAAGGGAAGGUGCUGACCAGUAGGGCCUUAGCAGUUCGGAGGGAUGAGAAGGAGGAAUUAUAUUUGCAAAGGGGCUAUUAGCAUGUUUCCCUUGAGGGAGGAAAAAAAAGUGCCGGUAUCGACUUUUAUAGAUUGUGGCCAGUGAGGACAUUACAAUCCUAUGUAAACAGAAAAGUCCCACUUACCAAUUCAUUCCUUCACUGUAUCAGCGCCCAGAAUUCUCAGUGACGUGGGGGCGGGGUGGGUGGUGAUUGCCUUAGAGGGAACCCCGAAAUUGGUUUUGGAUAAAUUGGAGCCCUUGACCUUAAUUUCAUUGCUACCACUCUGAUCUCUUAGCACAUUUCUUAGGAUUAAGGGUCCAAAAAUGCUGAUCUAAGGGGUUGCCAUGGUGUUGAACAAUGCAACUUUUUAUUUUAAAAAGCUCUGCACUGCCGUCUAUGAAAGCCGUUUUAUAAUGUUUGUUUUUUGUCAUUUUUGUUCUUUACAUCAAGAAAUUAAAUGUUUAGAUAGGCGGAGAAUGUAUAUUGCCUCUGCUCCUAUCAGGGUUGCUAAACCCUGGUACAUCAUAUAUAAAAUGUAUUCAAACUGGGGUUUGUUACCAGUUGCUGUACUUUGUAUAUAGAAUUUUUAUAAAUUGUAUGCUUCAGAAAUAAUUUAUUUUUAAAAAGAAAUUAAAAGUUUUAAACUUACAUUCAUAUUACACCUUUCCCCCCCUGAAAUGUAUAGAAUCCAUUUGUCACCAAGGAUCAAAACCCACAGUCCAUUGUGAAGUGUGCUAUAUUUAGAACAGUCUUAAAAUGUACAGUGUAUUUUAUAGAAUGGAAGUUAACAUUCUUAUUUUCAAGAGAAUUUAUGGACGUUGUAGAAAUGUACACAUGCAUUUCCAAACUGCCUUAAACAGUGUAUUUUUAUAGACAUUGUUUUUUAAAAAUCCCAAGUUUUUAAAUAACUAUGGAUUUGUGUAUUUUUUGGUUAUUUGUUUUAUUAAAACGUGUACAUCAGUAAAGAGUUUUAAACAAUG